AUGGCGCGGACCCACAGCGCCGUCCGGCUUCUUCUCCUCCUCCUCCUCCUCCUCCUCCUCCUCUGCAGCUCCGCGGCCGCCGGACCUACGUUCCUGGUGGCAGCUCCCUGGAACAUCAGGCCUGGAGCAAACGUGACUGUCGGGGUGGCUCUGCUGCCGGAGAGCCCAGCGCAGGUCACCGUCAGGGGAGAAGUGAUCAGAGAUAACAAGACCAUCUUGAGCAGGGAAAUGGUCUUUGAGAAAGAUUCCUUUGGGACUCUUGUUCUUCCAGUAUUGCCUUUGAACAGUGCUUCUGGGAGUUAUGAACUACUGGUGGAGGGCCAUGCUGAUGGCCAACUCAUCUUCUCGAACCGUACCAGCUUGAUAUAUGUGUCAAAGACCAUUUCUGUAUUCAUCCAGACUGAUAAAUCUAUGUAUAAACCAGGACAAGACGUGAUGUUUCGGAUUGUUACUGUCUAUCCUGAUCUCAAACCUUACGAAGCAUCUCUGAAUAUAUAUAUCCAAGACCCUCGGAAGAAAUUGAUUCAGCAGUGGUUGAUGGAGGAAGGCGAUUUGGGUGUAGUUUCAAAAAAAAUUCAGUUAUCAAUGUACCCUCCACUAGGAGACUGGACCAUAAAAGUGGAAGUGAACGGCCAAGUUCAUUAUCAGAGAUUUAAAGUAAUGGAAUAUGUUUUACCAAAAUUUGAUGUUACAAUAGCAACACCACUAUACUACUCUUUGAGAGAGGAAGACGUAACUGGUGUUGUCACUGCAAAGUACACGUAUGGAAAGCCAGUGAAGGGAACUGUAACAGUCACUUGCCUUUCUGUCUCUUACUGGACAAACAAGAGAAACAUAACAACAACAAUGGAGAUAGAUGGAUCUGUGAAUGUAACCUGUAACAAGCUUAUGUUGCAAAACUUGAACACUGAUCAGUCAUGGCAUCAAGGUGACAGUGAUUACACAGAGCCAAUAGAAAUUAUUGCGGUGGUUACUGAGUCACUCACAGGGAACUCCCAAAAUUCAAGUGCCAUCAUAUUUCCAAAGCAGAGUGACUAUUUUAUUGAAUUUAUGGACUACACUAGAGUUAUAAAACCUUCUCUGAACUUCAUAGCUACCCUAAAGGUGAUGCGUUCUGACAGCAACCAGCUGACAGCUGAGGAGAGGCGGAAUCUUGUCACUAUCACUGUACAACAGUCAGACCUGCUUUUUCACCACUCUUCCCUUUCUCACCUUGAGAAUGAGGCAACAGAGGAGAGAAAUCUGACAGUCCAUGUCCUGAAUUACACAGUCCCAGAAAAUGGAAUUAUUGAUAUUGAGUUUCCAAUCCUGUCUAAUACAAAAACUCUGAGAGUUCAGGCAGAGUUCCUCAGCAGUAGGACCGACAUAGGUGUUUAUGAUGUGUUCAGCUCUCCCAGCCAGACUUAUCUCCAGGUUAAAACAAAGAGCCAGGAUAUAAAGGCUGGGAAGCCCUUUGAGCUGAGUGUUGCAAGCAACAAGCCAGUGAGAGAGUUCCACUAUCUGGUGCUAUCUAAAGAACAAAUUAUGGCUUUUGGCUCAAAGGCUGCAAAAACAUUCACUUUAACAGCAGAAAAUUCCUGGACUCCUUUGGCAUGUAUCCUUGUGUUCUAUGUUGAUGAACUUGGAGCAGUUGUAAAUGAUGCUAUCACUGUCCCUAUUCAGCCUGAUUUGGAUGACAAGAUUAAAAUCUCUUGGAGCAAAGAUAAGGUCAAGCCAUCUGAGAAAGUCUCACUUAAAAUUAGUACUACAGAACCAGAAUCAGUAAUUGGACUUGCAGUUGUUGAUAAAAGUACAAAGCUUCUAGGAGAAAGUAAUGACAUAACAGAAGAUUCUAUCUUCCAUGAGCUCAAUUUAUACAACACGGUGCAGUAUUUCCCUCUGGUAAGAGGUUCUUAUGGUGUCUUUCAGAAAUGCAGCCUGUGGGUAUCAACUGAUGCAAUUCUGGAGGAGGAUAAGGAACAUUUUCUGUAUGAUGCAAUGAUACCCAUAGAGGAUGGUUUCGGUGAGGAUAUUCCUCUAUCUCAAGAUGGACCUCCUGACUUCAGGAAUCUCUAUGUGAGGACACAUUUUCCAGAGACUUGGCUUUGGAUUGACACUAAAACUAGAUCUAACACAGACACCACAAUGGAAGUCAUUGUACCUGAUACCAUCACAUCCUGGGUAGCCAGUGCUUUUGUGGUGUCUGAAAAGGGCGGGCUUGGUGUGACAACUGCUCCAGUGGAGCUAGAAGCUUUUCAACCUUUCUUCAUUUUCCUGAACCUUCCAUACUCUGUCAUCAGAGGAGAGGAGUUUGUUUUGGAGGUGAACAUCUUCAAUUAUUUAAAAGAAGAAGCUCAGGUUACUGUGAUCCUGGAUAUGAAUGAUGCUUUUGAAAUUAUUCUAACAUCCAAUGAAAUAAAUGCUACAGAAAAUCAACAGUCUAUAUCUGUACCAAGUGAAGAUGGGAAAACUGUUCAAUUUCCAAUCAAACCAAAACAACUGGGAGAGAUUCCCAUCAAAGUGACAGCAAUAUCAUCUACUGCUGCUGAUGCUGUCAUCCAGAAAGUUUUAGUAAAGGCUGAAGGAUUGGAACAGACAUAUUCUCAGACAGUCCUAUUGGAUUUAACUGGGAAUACACCACAAGCAACGUCAAAAACUUUGGAUUUCACUUUUCCGUCUGAUGUUGUAAGCGGCAGUGAGAGAGUGCAGGUCACUGCUGUUGGUGAUUUACUUGGACCUUCUAUCAAUGGUUUGUCAUCAUUGAUUAAGAUGCCUUACGGCUGUGGUGAACAGAAUAUGAUCAAUUUUGCUCCAAAUGUUUAUGUUUUGCAAUACCUGACUAAAACCAGGCAGCUGAGAGAGGAUAUUAAAUCAAAAGCUGUAUCAUUUAUGAGAAAAGGCUACCAGAGAGAGCUGCUUUUCCAGAGGGAUGAUGGCUCUUUUAGUGCCUUUGGAAAUGAAGAUCCCUCUGGGAGCACAUGGUUAUCAGCUUUUGUUUUAAGAUGUUUCCUUCAAGCUCGUCCGUUCAUAGAUAUUGACCAAGAUGUACUCAUGGAUACAGCUAAGUGGAUUGUCCGGCAUCAGAAAUUAAAUGGAGAAUUUCAUGAGCCUGGGAAAGUGUUACACAGUGAUCUUCAAGGAGGCACCAAUAAUCCAGUCACUCUCACAGCUUACAUCAUGUCAUCCCUCCUCGGAUUCCCAGAUAAACAGCAUGCUUAUGCCAUAAAGAGUGCUACAAACUUUCUAGAAGAUAAAUUAGAAGAAGGCAUUUCAGACAAUUACACCUUGGCACUUGUGACCUAUGCAUUGUCUUGGGCAAAAAGUACAAAAGCAAAGGAAGCAUUAAGUAUACUGAACCAGAGAGCAGAACACCAAGGAGAAUUUCGUUUCUGGAUAACACCUGCUUCUGAGAUUUCUGAUUCAUGGCAGCCACGGUCCAUCGAUAUUGAACUUGCAGCAUAUGCUCUGCUCUCACACUUCCAUCAGGACAGAUUAGCAGAGGGGAUCCCUAUUAUGAAAUGGUUAAGUCAGCAAAGAAAUCAUCUUGGAGGAUUUUCAUCUACUCAGGACACAGUGGUGGCUCUGCAAGCCCUGAGUUUAUUUGCAACUCUCACUACUGCAAGCAAAACAGAAAUGGAUGUAACAGUGACAGGGCCUUCUUUGGAAACACCAGAAUUAUUUUCAAUUGAUACUCAAAAUCGUUUCCUGCUUCAGACCAAGGAGAUUGCCCCUGCACAACCAAUGACGAUUACAGUGGCAGCAGAGGGAACAGGAUUUGCUGUCUUUCAGCUCAAUGUUAUUUACAACACAAAACACACUGAUCAGAAGCUCAGAUCUGUCAGAAAACAAGAAGCUUUUGACUUGAAUGUUGAUGUAAAGGAUGACAAAGAUGAUAAAAACCAUUUGACCUUGAAUGUGUGCACAAGAUACUUAGGUUCUGGCACAGCUCCCAAUAGUGGUAUGGUCCUCAUGGAGGUUGGCUUGCUCAGUGGUUUCUCUGUAUCACCGGAUUUCACUCCAUUAAACAAUACAGUUAAGAGGAUGGAAAAGGACAAUGGAAAAGUCAACCUAUACUUAGACUCUCUAAAUGAAACACAGGUUUGUGUGGAUAUUCCGGCUGUGAGAGACUUCAAAGUGGCAAAUAUCCAAGAUGCUUCAGUGACUGUAGUGGAUUACUAUGAACCUAGGAGAAGAGUGGUGAGAAGCUACAAUUCAGAAGUGAUGCAGAGUAUAACCCCUUGUGACUUCUGUGAACAUGAUUGCAGUCUUUGCCACCGAGAUGGCUCUGCAGCCUUGCUUCAGCACUCCUCCUUGGCCUCCUUAUUCUGUGUGCUAUUUGUCCUUCAUGUAAACUUGCUGUGCAGUUCGAUGCUGUAAAAGGAAACAGAUUAUGUUUCAGAUCCAAGUUUUCCAUAAAUUAUCCAAAGAAAAUCUUAUGUUCAGACACCAGCCUGCCUUUAGUGAUUACAGUGACCAAACUCCUGCUGCGUUCAGGGAGAGCUGGGCUGGCCCACAUGGGAAAUUUCUGGCUGUGCCAGAAAACUUGAAGCAUCUGCUGGAAAAACUUUCCAAGUGUUAGUUUCAAACUGAAGUUAUUUUCUGAAGAAGCACAAAGUUAACCAAGAGAGCAGUCUGAGAAAAUAUGAACAUAGCUCCAUGUUCCCACUCCCUUUUCACCCCAGCUUUCAAUGUGCUUGUUUUUUAGGGACAUAUGUUAGUUUACUGUGCUUUUCUUAAACAUUAUCUGCUUCUUCAUUGGUGUGUUGGGAAGCAGAGUUCUGGGACCUUAGUGUCAGAUCUCGCCUUGUUCUGUUCUGCAGACAUGACACUUAACAUUAAUAUUGAAUUUUGCUCUAUGCUCUCAUGGGGAAUAAUAUGAAAAAUAAAAGAAGCUGGCUUCAGAGCAGAUCCAAGAGCCAAAAAGUGCUGCAUUCACAAACUGUUCAAUGCUCCAAAAAGUCAUCAGUCUUUUUUUAUCAUCACAGAGAAGCUAGAUGGAUUUUUUGCCAAUUCAUAAGCUAAUCAUGUUUGAAAAUAAGGCCUCAGGAUGUUCUCAUGCAUUUUACUCUGAAAGACUUUAAACGUAUCAAAGGUGGAGUCUAUGUUUGAGACUUCAUUUUUACAGUUAUUAAAAAAAAAUUCCAUGUGAGAGUGCUGGUGUCCACUGGCAUAUUUAUGGCCAGUAGGAUGAAGAUUGCUUUGAUCCUUAUCUAUUUUUUUUAAAGUCUUCUAAAAAUGUCACUCUGGGGCAUCAUUUAUGUCUUGCAUUUGCAGUGUCAUCAACAAUUUAAGUGGCAUAACCCUAAACAACUCUUUGCUGCAUUCUGUGCCACAUCAGUUGGUUGGUCCUGGAUGCCAUCUGUGCAUGCAGCUCUAGCUGUUGGUUGGUGGGAGAGGCUUUUAGGAGUUGUGAGCUGCACACGUGUUCAGUCCAGCAAAACAACUGACAUGCUUGCUUAACAUGAAACACAUCAUUGUAUGCUUAAGUGCUUUGCUGAAGUGGGUAGGGAGAGGGAGAGCAAAGAGCAGCAGGCACUUUUACACCCAAAUCUGCUCUUUGAAUAUGGGAGAAUUUCAGUUCUCUGUGAAUAUGGAAAUGCAUGAGCAUGGGAGCUCUUCCCUCCUGAGUGAGGGUAUGAAUGUCUUCCCUGUCUGGCAGCCAAUUUAUCCUUCUUUAACACUGCCUGUGAUAUCUAAUGCUCACUUCUUCUUGAUAAGGAAGCCAAGCUGAUAACAUUCCUAGGUACUGAAAUUAAUAGCUGUCAUGCCAACUAACAGAAUUAGAAGUUUUAAGGCUGUUGAUUUCCUUUCAUUCAUAACUUUUUGAGACAGAGUGUGUACGUGUGCACAUGUGACAACAUGGCAGACACUUUCCUUGGUUAAUUUCUAAUUUUAAUUCAAGUUUUUCUACUGCUUGAAGUGUAUAUUUUUGUAUUUUAUGCUCAUCUAUACUUUUGUUCAAAAAGGAAAUUAGUGCAUGGUAGCAUGGGAAGAGGCCUGAACCUCCUGAACAGAGUGCCUUCUAAUACUGAGGUGUAUGUUUUUAAUGGCAAAACUAGUUUAGGUGGGGUUAUUUGUUUACCUGAGCUGUAUUUAGAAUUUACAGGUUUUUUCCACAAAUGUGGGGUUCUGCUCUGUCUCUCUGGCAGAACUUAAGCCUGGUUCUUUGUUCAUGCUUUUCACUUGCCUUUGGUGCACUUUGGAUCUAGUCCCUUGAAUGCUUGAUUAGUGCCUUAACAUGAGUGCCUGUGCUGCUUUCCAAACCACAUAGAGCAAUAUUGUAUUUAUUGAAAUCCAAAGCACUACUUAGUCAAUAGAAUGCAACCCUCUGUAAGUCAUGCCCUUGAUUACAAAGGUCCAAAGCUACUAGAAACCAAGAUGCAAACUAAAAUAUGUCUUUGCAUCUCAAAUUAUUUACCUAUAUAUGGGAGCACAGAUUGAAUUGUAUCAAGUGUAAGAUCUGGAAAAUAUUCACAUUCUGAACUGGGAUGUGUGUUGCUGUGGUUGAACUAUGAAAGCAGGUCUUUGCCUCUGGGGACAGCACCCUUGGACAUGUUAUUUGCCUCCAUUUACUAUAACAUCAGGCACCCAAAGCUCACAUACGUUCAGUAUUUAAUGUAUGUAGAGCUUCUAAGAGGGACAUUGGUACCUGAUCACUGUUAGGACAAAGAGGCUUAUUCUCUAUACAAGAUGUACUGGAGAUAAACUAUUCCUUUGCAGUAGAUAGUAGGAAUAAAUGAGUUUUAUUUUUCAGGCAGUCCCAGCUCCCUGAAUAUCCUCCAGUAAAAUGGAUUUGAACUGCUCAGCCUAAUUUCAGACAGAGCUGCUUGUAUUAGUAUUCCCUUACAUUUGUUUUUGAGACAAACAGCAUAUGUUUUUAAAUGACUCUUGGCUGCCUUGCACACCCUACUAAGAACCAUCAGUCAUAAUGCACCAUGUCAUGGAAAUUGUUGGAGUCAGCGAACAAACAUCCUCUUUUAUUUCUUUCUAUACAGCAGGCAUAUCAUUAUAGACAUCCAAAUUUGCCUUUGUACUAAACUAUCUUAAAGGAACAGUGUACAACAUAUGACUUCAAACAAAUGCUUACACUAGGUGGCCUUGAACUUUCCUGCACUGCUGCCUUUGGUCACUUUGCAGUAGCAGCUUUGAAUGAGUUGUAGAGGAUAAACUUUCUAUUGUGUGUUGGCAGUGAGUGGAACAGAGGAAAGGGCAUUAGUGGCAUUAGUGACUUCUUUUUUCCUUAUCACCAUAGAGGAACCCUUACACAAAUGCUCAGCAUUUAUAUAUUUUUAUUCCAUUUCUCUGUGAAGUUGUUUUUUGAUGUUAGAGGGACUAUACUCCCAGUCACAGUUACCAGAAAAUCUUUUAGCAAAAGGUCUUGAGGAAAUCUUUAGGAACGAGGUCUUUAAGGAGUUUUAAAGUGUGGUUCUCAAAGCAGUCAGAAAAAGGUAUUUUGUGAUGGAAUCUUCAUGUCGCAUUACCUGAACAUUUUUGUGUGGUUGCUUCUUGUUUGAAAUUGAGUUUUCUCUGGUACUCCCUGCGUCCUUUUCAGCCACAUGCUGUCAAUGGACACACAUCAUCUAUGCAGAGCCAUUAACAUGCUAUCAAAUCAGUAAGAAAUAAUCCUUUAUUUAGGACUGAGUUUAAAACAAAGCCACAAUGCAUUUUAAAGGCACUCCCUUCUCAAAUUCUACCUUUACUGUCAUCCAUGAUCUUAGCUGAGGUGUUCCCUUUAGGUUUCCCCGUGUGUGUCAUCUAGAACCUGUCUGUACGAAACGCUGCAGUGCAGAGCAGGGAGCGUGUGCUGCCUGCUGGGUCUGCAGCACUCAGAGUCUGCAUGCUGGGCAGCUCCGUGGCUGCCUGGGGUCCCAGUGUGGCACUGCUGUGCUCCCACUGACUUCACAGGCAGGAGUGGACACAUUGUGAUAGAGGGGGAAGUGGUCAGACUGGUGCAGGAGAAACAGAAGUGCCAAGGUCCAGUGAUAUGUGCCUCCCAUUUGCCUUGACAGUCACACUUGAAAAUCAAACCUAAUCAAACCUGACAAUUCAAAAAUUGUUUUCAUUCAGUUUCCAAAAUAUUAUCCUAGCAAUAUUUGACUAAAUGUGUUGUUCAGGUUGGUAUGAAUAUUGAUAGUAUUUGGUUUAAGCAGAUUCCUGUAGAAAACAUAUGUAUACACAAAGCCAUUACAUAGGCUCCAGUGCACUAACAGUGCACAAUCUACGUGCAAUUAAUAACAUGCCCAAAACAAGAACCUUUUGUGAUGUUCUGUUUUUCAAAACAUAGUUAGAUUUUUAAGAAAGUUUAUAUUUGAAAAGCGCCUGGUGCCUAAUGGCGUAUUUUUUCCAUCUGAAAUACUAAGAAAGAGUAUUUAAUUUUAAUUCUAAUGGCCAAUAAUGUUUCUGUUACAGCCUUUCUUCUUCUGCCGUGAAUCUUUUUGCAGUGAACCAUCUUUAUAUGCUUAGUCCUCUAAAUAUAGAGAUGAUUUUGAAAUUAGAUGUUUUUGCUAGUAAUUUAUCCGUAAAAUCUAACAGCAGUUACAUGAUCAGGUCUUUUGAGUUGUUAUUAGAGUCUCCUUUUCCCUAUGUCAAAAUAUUUGACUUAAGUGUUGUUUCUUACUCAGUUUAUUAUAUUUUUGUGUGCCACUCGGAAGUAUCAUCACACUAAUGCUAUUCUAUGCAAUAAAGUCUGACUGUGUGCUGUAAUAGAUCAAUCCAGUGGUUAUUUUUCCUAAUCAACAGCUUGUUAUUUUCAGAUGUGUAUGAGCAUUAAUUGCUUAUGUGCUACAUUUGAGUCACCAGAACUCCAGUAUUAAGAUUUCUCUUUAAUUUCAAACAAUAUGUUUUAUUUCUUAUUCCUUAGUGGUUACCUAAAAGCUACAUCAGCCUUACUCAGAUCUUAACAAUGUUAUAUUAUGAAUUAAUUUCUUGUUGUGUUUUUUAGUAUUGUUAGGUUGGGUGGGACACUAAUACGAGGAAGAAAAUAUAAAAAAUGCUGGCUCAAAGGAAGUAUCAUAUAAGCAAGAGUAAUGUACCAGGCUUUAACCGUGUUAUUGCGUCUCUUCUUUUUCCAUAUCAGGCCUUAAGAAAUUUGAACUAGGAUUCAUGGCUGCCUUGAGACAUAGUCAGAUACCCACGUUGAUCUAGUUUAGGAUCAUCAUACACAUUUUCACUUUUGAUCAAAUCAGAAAUGGUAGGAAAAGAAUGCUUUUAUGAGCUGUUUUGAGCAGAGGUGAACUAACAUGCCAGCUAUGCAAAUGGCUUCUGUCUUUUCAAAUAAUAAAACAAAUGUUAAGAAACUAGACUGUUCCAUAGGGGUUUGGAAAGUUGUAAUUGAUUUAUUUUUCUUCAAAUAAAGUUUGCAAUAGCUAUUUUUAAAUUCUAUUAAAGAUGACUUUUAAUAAUGUA